CCAUUCAGUGAGUUGUCUGCUGGCGAUGUAUAAACUUCGUAUUAUCUGCCCACAAAUCAAUUUUUGAUUCAUUUAAUAUGAUCUACAUUCAUUCGUUGAAUGGAUGAUUUGUGAUUUUACGCGAGUAUUGUGUAGAUUUUUUUUGUUGUUAUCGUAUUCGUUUCCUUUGAAGUGAGUGCUUCGGAAAGUGAAUUUUAAAGACAAUUCAUAAAAGCAAAAUAGCAAAAAAGAGAAACAACAGCUCAAAGGAAGGAACGUCUCGUUCUGAGUGUACGGAUUCAUGUGUCAAGUGAACGAACGGUGAAUUUUGGUGUGCAAGUUUCAUUUUUGUGUCGAACGUGUCAAGUAUUUAAUAUAGAUUUUCUUUCCUGCCAUUCAAAAGCUUCACAGCAAAAAAAAAAGCGAACAGCAAUAUGCGUUUGUACGAAUCGUUGAGUUAUUUGAACAACAACAACAACAAUAAUAAUCACGCCAACGAUAACAAUAAUAUCGAUCGCGGUUGCCACUCAAAUGGUAAUACCGUGAAAACGUUCACAUCGAACGGAAAACAUCAAUCAAAUAACGACAGCGUAAUUGGUACAGCACCAAAAACGGCAACCACCACCACGGCAUACUUUGAAUGCAGCGAUUCGAUCGGAAGUGAUGUGCUGAAUUCAACCCGAAAUUGGCAACUGGAAACGGAGUUCAGUAAGGCAUUAGCGGCAUUAAAUGAAACGUAUUGUUUUUAUGGAUCGCAGAGAAAGCUGAAAUCACGAGAAAAUCUUGCUACAACUGAUAACGAUGAUGAUAAUGCGAAUGGGAAUGAUGUGAAUCACAAUGAAUCUUUAGAUUUGACAAAAGACACCGUCGAUUUGAUUGAUGAUUCAUCUUCGGAUAUUGAAGCGGAAGUCAAUCGAUUGAUUAAUCGAAGCAAUUUAUGUCGACAGAAUUUCGAAUCACAUCAAAUCAACGCUCCCAAUACAGAGGAGCAACUUAUGGAUGAAGAAGAAGAAUUUUCAUCAUUAUCGAUUUCAGCGUCGUUGAGUGCAGAGAAAUCACCAUAUCCACGUGGAAUAAUAAAUCCAAAUUAUCCCGGUUUCCAACAUUUAGCCCAUACAUUGUCCGAACACUUUGUUGAUCAUCACGCAAAUCAAAUUGGCAGCAUGUCGGACAGUGAUUUUUCCGAAGUUGACAGUGAUUUUCCAAGUGAAGGACAUAGUACGGAAAAUAAUAAUACAUUUGCAUGUGGUGACGAUUCAAAUGGAAAUAAUAUUGUUGAAGAGAGUGUUACGCCGACAUCAAAAAAUGACAAUUUAAGCACAGUUGAAGAGAUUUUGCGCACCGUUUUUGAAUCAAAUUCAUGCCAUUUGUCGACGGCCAUUGAAAUGUUUACCGAAAAGGAAUUGGCCAAUGAACAAACGGACAUUGAUGCAAUGGAUUAUUGUAUAACCGAUAUUGAUGCAUGCGAUUUAAAAACGUAUUUGGAACAUUAUGAUGAUGGUGGAAUUAAUAUUACAAAUAUUGAAACUUUUGCUAAGAAGAUUGAUUCACCAACCACAAACGAACCAGAUGUUAUUAAAAAAUCGAAUUCAUGCGAAAAAGGCUUUGAGCAGCAGAGCGUUGAUAAGCCGGAUAUUUUGCUUGAUGUCACUGAGCCGGUGCCAUCGAACGGGGAAAAGGAAGAGCCAAGCGCAUGGAGCAUCACUCCGGUUGACAUUGUUGGCAAUUUUGAACAAGAAGUGGAAAGAGAACUUGGAUUAUUGGUUACGGGUUAUAGAAGCAACAGUUUCUCACAAGAUGAUGGCGAUGUAGUUGAUGCAUCAAUUUCCAGCAAAGAAACGAAUGACAAAUUCAUGGACAAGAUAACCGAUGCAGUUCUAUCAAAUGCUCAUGAUAUGCUAUCAAAAGCAUCGGUUUCGGCAUCAAAAGAUGGUAAGCAAUUAAUUAAAGAGGAUUCGAUGGCAAAAAAUCAAAUACCAACGGCAAUUGUAAAGCCAAAAUAUCAGCGAUCAUCGUUCGAUGACCGACAGCUGCCAACCGUUGCAUACAUGAAUGAAGACAAAGUGGCUUGGUAUGACAAACAAUCGAAUAACGCUCAAACGGAACCGAUGAUAAAAUGUUCGGCUUCAGUGACGGUAGCAACACACCCAAAGAAAAUCCAUUUGCCAGAGUUUGAUCGCAAAGCAAAAAAACAUAUGACUAGUGCGAAAUCCGCCCACAAUUCAGCUGUAGAUGAGAAUACAAUUGCAGCACACAAGACCAAUGAAGCAGUAACAUCAGCAGCAGCAACGAUAGACAAUACGAAAUGCUCAUCAGACGGAAAAGAGUCGGUUAGUUGUGCGGACACAAAUCGCAAAGUUGUUCAUAAAUCGAAGAAAGCAAGUGUUGCCAUUGUACAGCCACGUAAAAAAGAGCGUAUGGACGAACGUACACUGAUGGAAACCAUUGUGCAAAUGCAAAUCAAGAAAAAUGCACUAUUAUACCGGGGCCAAGGCAAUAAAUUUAAUAAUAACAACAACAAUAAACCAACAGCAAAUACAACGUCAUCACCAACCAAUCCGACCAACGGCAAUGUAAAGCAUUUCAAUAACAACAAUAAUGGCGAAAAUUGCACAAAUUCCGAACUCAAUCAGGCGAAAAAAGAUCAAAAAGAGCAUUCAGGUUGCUUUGAUGUCUACAAUAUCGAGACAGCGCUUCCGGUUAUCGAUUUGGAAACCAUUGCAAAUCAUCUGAAAUUGGUGAAGGAGGACGAUCGACGCAAACGAAAUGAUCGCGAAGAAAUUCGACGCCGUUUGGCGAUGGGCGCCGAAGAUGAUUACUUGACGAAAAUUCAAACGACAAAACCAGCACGCAAACCAAGCCUACAGACACGAUUGCAAGAAGGAAAAAAUCUUCAAAUUUGUUUCGUUAAUGAUGCAGCUGCAGCCGACGGUGAUAGCCUCAGUUCCGACAGUGAAUCUUGCCCAAAUCUAUCAAAAGCGGCAACACAUAACAGUCAAUCAUCAAGUCGUCAUAGCAAUACUAACACAGUUCAACCAAAUCCAUACAAUUCACGACCAUUAUCUAUGAAGAAAACCACUUCACAGGAAAAAGUUCGAUCAUCAGCUUUAACAUUGGACGCAUUGAAAACGGACGACGAUCCAAAGGAGAUUGACUUCUUCACGAAACAGGCACGACUUCAAAUUGAAGCAAGAAUGGCUCUAGCUCAAGCCAAGGAUAUUGCACACAUGCAAAUGGAGAUGGAACGUCAAAAGCAAAUGGAAUCGCCAAUAACCAAUAUGAUUCGUGGUACAAUUGAAAAAGUUGGAUAUAAUUUUCCAGUGGGUAAACGUCGUGUAUCACGUCAAAUGUUAACCGACAUGAAUUUGACCCAACUGCAAAUCAUCGUAAAUGAAUUUCAUACACAAAUCGAAAGUCUGAAUGAGCAAUUGGUCAAAUACUUAAUGGAUCGUGACGAUUUACACAUGAGUCAGGAUUCAAUGCUCGUCGACAUUGAAGAUUUAACUCGAUAUUUAGGUGCAAAAAAGGAUCCAUUCGCUGAACGCAAAACAACUAAGAAAUACCAUUCAAUGAAAUCGCCCAAAUAUAUGGUUUCAAAAAAGAUCCAGCCGCAACCGAGAUUAGCUAGUCAAAUUGGAAAGUCUUAAACACAAAAAAAAUAAAGGGGAAUAGGCGGAACGAUUGAAUUUCCUAGCAAAAAUUGGUUCAACAUUGGUUGUUAAAAAUACGUAGAGAAAAAAAAGAAAAAUUUGCUGAAUUGAAAAUCUGUUUUAUUUUUCGAUAUCAUUUAAUGUUAUUAUAAUAAAUUUAAGCACAUUUAGAUAGAUUGAUUCCGUUCCUGAUUAGAUGGCAUUUUAAGUUUACUAUACAAUUUUUCUUCUUUUGUUUUCCAAAUAAAAUUGCUUUUUCGUCGCAUUUUUAUUGAUCAA